AUGUCUCAGUGGCUCUGGCUCCUUGGGAAAAUCCUGCUCUUGACAAGAGUGGCUGCCUCCGUGAACUUCUUCCACCACCGCUACGAAGACCUGGUGCAAGCCCUGUUUGACGUGCAGGGUGCGUGCCCGUAUGUUACGAGGCUGUACAGCAUUGGCCGCAGCAUCCAGGGCCGCCACCUCUAUGUACUGGAGUUCAGCGACUACCCUGGCAUCCAUGAGCCCAUGGAGCCGGAGUUCAAGUAUGUGGCAAAUAUGCAUGGAAAUGAAGUACUUGGUCGGGAGCUGUUAAUUCAGCUUGCAGAGUUCCUGUGUGAAGAAUAUCGGCAUGGCAACCAACGCAUCACCCAGCUUAUCCAUGAUACACGCAUUCACCUCUUGCCCUCAAUGAACCCUGAUGGAUAUGAGGUGGCAGCUGCCCAGAGCCAAGGUGUUUUGGGGUACCUCACAGGGAGAAACAACGCCAAUGGAGUUGACCUCAACCGUAACUUCCCUGACCUCAACACCAUCAUGUAUUACAAUGAGAAACAUGGUGGACCCAACCAUCACAUCCCCUUGCCAGACAACUGGAGAAGUCAGGUGGAACCAGAGACUCUGGCUGUGAUUCAGUGGAUGAAAAGCUACAAUUUUGUCCUCUCAGCCAAUCUUCAUGGUGGCGCUGUAGUUGCCAAUUACCCAUAUGACAAAGCCCAGGUGCAAAGGAGCCGGAACUAUUGGCCCAGAAUGGAGACCCCAACUCCUGAUGACACCCUCUUCCAGAAGCUGGCAAAGGCCUAUUCCUAUGCUCAUGGAUGGAUGCACCAGGGCUUCAGCUGUGGGGACAUAUUUCCUGGUGGCAUCACAAAUGGGGCCUCCUGGUAUUCACUCAGCAAGGGGAUGCAGGACUUCAAUUACAUACACACCAACUGCUUUGAGAUUACCCUUGAAUUAAGCUGCAAUAAGUUCCCACCACAGGAGGAACUGGAACGUGAGUGGCUGGCAAACCGAGAAGCACUGGUCACCUACUUGGAGGAGAUUCACCAGGGAAUCAAAGGUUUGGUGCUGGAUGAGAACAACAAUAAACUGGCAGGUGCUGCCAUUUCUGUCCAAGGAAUUGGCCAUGAUGUCACCUCUGGUGAGCAUGGUGACUAUUUUCGACUGCUGUUGCCUGGCACUUAUGAUGUUACCGCAUCAGCAGAUGGGUAUCAGCCACAGACAGUGAUGGUGACAGUGGGUCCAGCCGGACCCUCAGUGGUGAAUUUCCAACUCAGAGAGAGCACAGCAGACCACACCCCUGGUCCAAAGAUUUCUGACAAAGGCUCCCACAGUAAAGGUCUGCACAAGAAAGUUGUGCCACGAGCUGCCCCAGAAGACAGAACUCAGCUAGAUGGAAGCUGA